GAAUGUAAAGAGAAAAAGAGAGAGAAAGAGAGAAAGAGAGAGAGAGAGAGAGAGAGAGAGAGAGAGAGAGAGAGAGAGAGAAAGAGAGGAGAGAGUCUAUAAGUAUGUGUCUGUACUUAUGUGUCUAGCGUGCGUAUGUUUGUUGUGUUCAAUGACCACAUCGUAUAAAAGAUGAAUCGUGUGUCACAUAAUAAGUGUAUUGAACUAUACAGGACAAAGAUAAAAAGAAAACAAAAAAAAUUUCUAUCUUCGUCUAUAAAUAUUAUAGAUAUUUAUAUAAUUUCUUUUUUCAUAUUUCAAAAACUUAUAGGAAUUAAUUAUAGACACGCUCAGAAUUGUCUUUUCCAAAGUGCAUAUUGACUAAUUAAAUUUUAUCUCGUUAAAGUUCAAUCGAUUAAGAUUAAAUUAAUAUAACACACGAUUCGUUUUUGUUCUCCAUAUUAUCGAUCGCGAAAGAUGAACGAAGGACGAAAAAAAUAAUUGCUGUUUUAACAAUGAUGAUCCAUUAUCAUUAAAUCAUAUUGAUUGAAUGUAAAAGAUCGAGGGGAAAAAAGAAAUUUGCGAAAGAUUUUACAGAUUGAUUAUUUUGAUCGGUAAAGUUUGAUAAUUGAGCGAGUAUUAAUCGAUCCUUCGUUCGUUUAUCGAAUCGAAUUUAAAAAAGAAUCGAGUAAUUAUCGUCACACACGAUGACGUAAUAAUGAUAAAAUCGGUCAGUGGAAAUAGAGAAAGAAAAAAAAAAAGAAAAAGAGAAAAAGAAAAAAAAAGUGAUAUAUAAGGGAAAAGGAAACGAUAGAAAAGAAAGGAAUGAAAGAAUAGAAAGAAAAAGAAAGAAAGAAAGAAAGAAGGAAAGAAAGAAAGAAAGAAAGAAAGUAAAAAAGUAAAAGAGAACCUGUGACGUCGCUUCGAAGGUCUUUACGACGAUCUCGAUCUCGGCCGGAACGAUUUACGAUUCCCUAUCGUUUCUUCAUACGGCUGUGCGUAACUUGUAAUUAUAAUUAUAAUGUUGUACGAUUUAAGAGCGUGGGGCACGAUUCGAGUCCGAGUCACGGAUAUCGAAAGUUAUUUAUUUGUAUCGUGAGAUCGAGCAUCGAUCGAAGUGAAACCUUUUCGAGCUUCGUGCGAGUGAAAAAAAGAAAAAUGGAGGAAUGCUUCUUUCUUUUCUUAUCUUCUUCUUUCGAUUGAAAUAAAUAACGGUGUUUAAAUGACGAUCGAUCAUUUAUACCGAUCGGUCGAAAAGUAAAAUUUAUAAAAACUAUGAAAAAGGUAAAAGAAGAAAAAGAAGAGGAGAAGGAGGAGGAGGAGGAAGAGGAAGAGGAAGAAGAAGAAGAAGAAGAAGAAGAGGAAGAAGAGAGAAGAAGAUAAAACACAUUUGUAUCAUACAUGUAUACCUGUCGCAAUGUAAUUAGCCGUAAUUAAAUAAUUGUCGAUAUAUCGAUACGGUUUAUCGUUAAAAGUUUCGUACGCGUUUCGUACGAGCACUUUGAGAAUAGUCGAAUCGAUUUUUUCGUCGCGAUGUCCAAAAUAGAUGAUACGUGUAAAGACAAUGUUUAUCGGAGUUAUACGUUGUUUAAGAGGAAGAACAGGAAUGAUAUUAUAUUAUAUUAUAUGAUUAUAUUAUAUAUUAUAAUUAUAUUAUAUUAUAUUAUAUUAUAUUAUUAUAUACGUAAAAAGAGGAAUCGAAAAAAAAGUGGGGAAGAAAAAAAAAGAAAGAAAAAAGAAAAAGAAAUAAGAGACAGAGAAGAAACGUUUUCGGACAAGCAUACACACACGCGUUGGAGAAUGUACACUGGUGACACGCAAUUACUCUAGUGACAAAAAAGGAUAAAAAUGAAAAAAAGAAAAAAAUGAAAAGAAAAAAAAAAAAAAGAAAACCUAAAAUAAAAAUACAUUAUAAAUACAUCGCAUAAGCAACACACGUGCGUCGCGGUUAAGAUUUCAGAUAAAUAUAUUAUAUACAGAUAUUUAUGAUAUGUGAAUGGCCGUCGGGGAAUGACGAAGGAUUAUUAUGUUUUGAGAUCGUUUGAAAGAUUGUAUUGGACGAGAUAUCGCUCCGCCAUUGCUUCGCGAGGUCCCUCUCUAUGGCAUGUAAAAUGAGAAAAAAGAAAAAAGAAAAAAAAAAAAAAAGAAAAAAAAACAUUUGGAAGCACAUCUUCUUUUUCUCUUCCUUUUUCUUCUUUAAAAUUUUUCUUCUCAUUUCUAAUGUGUUUGAAAAAAAAAAAAGAAAAAAAAUGAAAAAAAAAAAAAAAGAAAUUUUGUCAUGCGAUGCGCUAUCUCGUCGGACGAAGAGCGGAGAACACUGUACUGUAUUUUACGAUAUUACGUAAUUAUUGUAUAUGUACCUAUAUGGAUAACGGGGAGGAAGAAAAAAGAAGAAAAGAAAACAGAGAUAGGCGCCUAAAUACGACGAUAUAUAUAUAUAUAUAUAUAUAUAUAUAUAUAUAUAUAAAAAUGAGAAUGAUCGUAAUUAGAUCAAAAAUCACGAUCACACGCGUGUAAUUCGAGAAUUAAAAACAAAAGAUUAGGUGUAUAUAUAGAGACAGAUAAAUUAGACUCUAGUCAACGUAAUAUUCGUAAGGCGACGCGCACACGUUCUUUCCAAUCUUUCUUUUCUUUUUUUUUUUUUACUUUAUUUUUUGUUUUUUUGUUUUUUUUUUUAAUCGUUCAUUUCUCACCUCUUCAUUGUUUCCUCACUUUCUCCACAUCGAUAUUCACAUUUCACAAUUCUUCUUUGUUAAACAAUUUCUUCUUCAUCGAUCUUCCUUCUUCUCUAACUUUUCUUCUUUGUUUUUCUACUUUUUUCUUUCCCUUUUUCAAUUUUUCUUUUUUUUUUUUUUUUUUUUUUUUUUUGCACUCUUUCUUUUAUUGUCUUUUGUAAUCCGUUGCACCGAAAGAAAAGUUAGAAGGAGGAAUUUAAAUAUCAUAAACACAAGCGCACACACACAUACACACACACACAUAGCAUACACGUUCAAAUAAAUGCAUCCUACCUAUCCUUAAAGUGAGGUUGCGUUUUAUGGCUGUUUGCUCGAAAAAGGAGACCCGUUAUUUUCCACGCGUAGGAAUGAUUGUCCUCGUACGUAUUAUCGUUAUUAUAUAUAUAUAUAUAUAUAUAUAUAUAUAUAUAUAUAUAUAUAUAUAUCUUAUAUAACCGUAAAAAAAAUUUUCGUUAAAAGUCCCCACACCAGAUUGAAAAUCCUUAUAAAAUUUGCACAUGCACGUGCUGUGACUAUUCCGUUAAGUAGCGAUGCGUAAUUAAUACAUGUAAAUCUUUUUGUAAGUAUCUCAAACGUUUUAUUGUUUAUCCCAAUAUUCACAUUCUCUAUAUCUAUUUUUCUUCUUUUCUUUUUCUUCUUUUUCUUUUUUUUUUUUUUUUUUUUUUUUUUCAUUUUCUGAUCUACCUCACAACCUUUCUUCCGAUAGAUUAUAUUACAAUUUUCAGGACAAAUCUUUAAACAAAUUCGAUACAUUCAUCCAUUCAUUCAUACGAUUUUUCUAUUUCAUUGUUUGCUUUUUUAUUUAUUUUUAUUCUUUCUUUUAUUUACAUUAUUUAGUAUAACCAAUCAAGAUUAUCUUACGUAGAAAAUGAAUGCAUUCAGAGAUAUGCAAUUUCUUUAUGCAGGCCUACACGAUGAUAAUCGAUUAAUUUAAAUAUUAUGCGUAUUCAAGACGAUGUUUCCAGGUACUAAGAAAAUCUUAUCCGAUAAUUUAAACAGAAGAAAAACUUUCGUUCUUCGAAAAUAGCGAAGAAUUUCGACAUCGAUCGACGAUCUUACGAAAUGAAUCUAUUUCUAAUUUUCAUUCUUUCUCUCUCUCUCUCUCUCUCUCUCUCUCUCUCUCUCUCUCUCUCUCUCUCUCUCUCUCUCUCUCUCUCUCUCUCUCUUU